AGCUGCAGGACCCGGGCGGCGCUCGGGCCCGGGGCUUCACGGUCGGCCGCCCAGGUCUCGCGAGAGCGCGGCGGCACGUCUCGCGAUACGCGGGCUCGGACGCCGAGGAGGGAGAUCUGAGCGGCAGCGGCGGCGAGCUGCCGGGGCUGGGGCUGAGAAGCAAAGUGGCCAUGGAUGACCUGAUGGAAAACACCACUGUGCUGUCCACCCUGAGGUCUCUGAACAACUUCAUUUCCCAGCGGGUGGAGGCAGGAUCUGGACUGGAUGCUUCCACCCCUGCCCAAGGUUCUCUGCAGAUGCAGUACCAACAGAGCAUGCAGUUGGAAGAACGAGCAGAGUGGAUCCGCUCCAAGUCCCAGGUUGUCCAGGUGGAGCGAGAGAAGAUACAGAUGGAACUGAGCCACAAGAGAGCACGAGUGGAGCUGGAGCGGGCAGCCAGCACCAGUGCCAGGCGCUAUGAGCGCGAGGUGGACCGCAACCAGGAGCUCCUGACGCGCAUUCGGCAGCUGCAGGAGCGGGAGGCUGAGGCAGAGGAGAAGAUGAAGGAGCAACUGGAGCGCCACAGGAUGUGUAAGCAGAGCCUGGAUACUGCUGGCCAGAAGUUGCGGGAGAAGGAAGAGGGCCUGGCUGCAGCUGGUGAGACCAUCAAUGCACUGAAGGGGAGGGUUUCGGAGCUGCAGUGGAGUGUGAUGAACCAGGAGAUGCAGGUGAAGAGCCUGGAGUCUGAGAAGCAGGAGCUCAAGGAGCAACUGGCCUUGCAGCACAAGAAAUGUCAGGAGGCUAAUCAGAAGGUUCAGGAGCUCCAGGCCAUCCAAGAAGCAAGGGCUGACCAGGAGCAGAGGAUCAGGGAUUUGGAGCAGAAGCUGUCCCUGCAGGAACAGGAUGCUUCGGUCGUUAAGAAUAUGAAAUCUGAGCUGAUGCGGCUGCCCAAGAUGGAGAGGGAGCUGAAGCAGCUGCGGGAGGAGAGCGCCUACCUGCGGGAGAUGCGAGAGACCAAUGGGCUGCUCAGGGAGGAGCUGGAGGGGCUGCGACGGCGGCUGGGGCGCCAGGAGAAGAUGCAGGAGAGUCUGGUCGUCUUGGAGCUGGAGAAGGAGAGGCUGUUGGCAAAGCUGCAGAGCUGGGAGCAACUGGAGCAGAGCACGGGCUUGAGCAUCAGGACCCCAGAAGACCUUUCCAGAUUUGUUGUUGACCUGCAGCAGCGAGAGCUUGCCUUGCAGGACAGGAACAACGCCAUCACCAGCAGUGCCCGUGGGCUGGAGAAAGUCCGGCAGCAGCUCCAGGAGGAGGUCCGCCAGGUCAGCAGCCAGCUGUUGGAGGAGAGGAAGAAGCGGGAGACGCAGGAGGCCCUGGCACGGAGACUCCAGAAGCGAGUUCUGUUGCUGACAAAGGAACGGGACGGAAUGCGUGCCAUCCUGGGUUCCUAUGACAGUGAGCUGACCUCGGCCGAGUACUCACCCCAGCUGACUCGUCGCAUGCGUGAGGCCGAGGACAUGGUGCAGAAAGUACACGCCCACAGCUCAGAGAUAGAGGCUCAGCUGUCACAGGCCCUGGAGGAGCUGGGGGGCCAGAAGCAGAGAGCGGACAUGCUGGAGAUGGAGGUGAAGAUGCUACAGUCUCAAUCCAGCACCGCCGAGCAGAGCUUCCCACUGUCCAGGGAGGAGGUGAGCUCGCUCAGGUUGAAGAUCGAGGAGCUGGAAGGGGAGCGCAGUCGUCUGGAAGAAGACAAGAAGACGCUGGAAAUGCAGCUUGAACGGUUCACCCUACAGGGCAACUACGACCAGAGCAGAACCAAAGUGCUGCACAUGAGCAUGAACCCGGCCAGCGUGGCAAAGCAGCGGCUCCGCGAAGACCAGGCCCGGCUGCAGGAGGAGUGCGAGCAGCUACGGGAGCUUGUGCGCGCCCUGGAGCGUGGCGGCCCGAUCCCUGCCAACCUGGAGGCUGCUGCAGGUCUGCCUUCAUCCAAGGAGGUGGCAGAGCUGAGGAAGCAGGUGGAGAGCGCCGAGCUUAAGAACCAGCGGCUCAAGGAGGUCUUUCAAACGAAGAUCCAGGAGUUCCGGAAAGUCUGCUAUGCACUCACGGGCUACCAGAUCGACAUCACCACAGAGAACCAGUACCGGCUGACGUCCAUGUAUGCGGAACACAAGGCCGACUGCCUCAUCUUCAAGGCCACAGGAACCUCGGGCACCAAGAUGCAGCUGCUGGAGACGGCAUUCUCACGCACGAUACAGGAGCUCAUCGAGCUGCACCUGCUGCACCAGGACAGCAUCCCAGCCUUCCUCAGCGCCCUCACGCUCGACCUCUUCAGCCGGCAGACCGUGGCCUAGCCGCAGCUGUGCGCCCCAGCGGCGGCCAUCGCCUCUGCCUCCAUGGUGGCAGUGGGCACCCGGCAGGGGCCAGCCCCAGGGCCGGCUACCCCACACACACAACCCAGCCUCCUCAGACCAUAUGCUGCCCCCCUCCUCCCCGGUGACCUGCGACCUGCACCCUGCACCCAGGAUGCCUGUGAGAGCACCUGUUGCCAGCAGGGACAGAGCUGUUCAGGAACCACUUGCUCCGCCCUUCCCCUCCCCCAGGACCUGCUGCCCUUCCCCUCCCCCAGGACCUGCUGCCACUCCGGGCCGGCCAAGGCCUUGGGGGCUGUGCUGUCAGGGCCUGCUUCCAGUACCCUCCACAAUGUGCACCUCCACCCCCAUGCCGCUCAAACCCGACUGUCUCAGGGGACUGCUCUCCGAAGUCCCUGCUCCUCAAGAAAUAAAUUUUACUCCUUGGCCACCCUA